CUGCGGAUGUCCCUAACCAUAGACCCGGAAAUACUGCCCCGCCCACUUCCUGUACACAGUGCUCCGUCACCGGUCUCCUCUGCUGCUGCCGCCUCCUCCACCAGGAGGGCUGUGUCUUUUGUGUCCUACCAAGGAAAUGACGUGUGUCUUAUCUUUUGCCGGGGUAACACAGUAGUGAAGACAUCUGGUGAGUGUGAGACACCCAGCAGCCAUUCCCGUGUGUCUGGAGGACUGAGCAGGACCCAGAACCCCAUCACGGUGCCUCCACCUCACUCACUGAUACAUGAGAGAGACGAUGACCAGAAGAUCCUUCAGCUGCUGACUGGAGAGGAGGAGGAGUAUAUAGAGGAACACAGGGGUCUGUACAAGGACGUGAUGAUGGAGAAUCACCGGCCCCUCACAUCACUGGAUAGGCCCAGUAACAGAGAUACCCCAGAGAGAUGUCCCCGUCCUCUGUAUUCCCAGGAUUGUACAGAGGAGAAUCACAGGACCCCACAGGAGGAUCAGCUAGAACGUCUGUCUGAUAUUAAAACAGAAGAUAUCAUGGGAGAAGAAGAGACGUAUGUGACUGAUAUAAAGGCAGAAGAUAUUAUGGGAGAAGAAGAGACGUAUGUGACUGAUAUAAAGGCAGAAGAUAUAGAGGGAGAAGAAGAGACGUAUAUGACUGAUCUAAAGGCAGAAGAUAUAGAGGGAGAAGAAGAGACGUAUGUGACUGAUAUAAAGGCAGAAGAUACAAAGGGAGAAGAAGAGACGUAUGUGAGGGGUGAUCAGCAGUGUAAGGAGGAGGAGAUCCCUACAGAUAUCAGCACAGCAGAUGGACACACAAGCAGGAAUAUCUCAGAAGGACAUCUAAUGUUAUCCCCGGAUUGUGACAUAAAAGAUAAUGACAGUAGACAGGAUUCUCCAGGAGCUAACCCCAUUACCACAAUUAUACAUCCAGCUCUAUCAGCUGAUCCCUCUGAUCCUGGGAAAUGUUCUCCUGAUCACUCUGAUAUUGGUGCAUCUGUUACAGCUCCGAGAGUAGAUACAGAGUUUCCCUGUUCUAUAGAUGCCACAUGUUUUACACAGAACACAAAACUUAUUACACAGAACACAAAGCUUAUUUCCCAUCAGACAGGUAAGGCAGGUGAGAGACCAUUCCCAUGUUCUGAGUGUGGGAAAUGUUUUACACGGAAAUCAAAUCUUGUUACACAUCAGAGAAGUCACACAGGUGACAAGCCACUGAUAUGUUCUGAUUGUGGGAAAAGUUUUACAUUCAAAUCACUUCUUGUAGUACAUAAGAGAAUACAUACAGGUGAGAAACCAUAUUCCUGUUCUGAGUGUGGGAAAUGUUUUACAUACAAAACAACUCUUGAUGCACAUAAGACAAGUCACACAGGUACAUCACCAUUUCCAUGUUCUGAUUGUGGGAAAUAUUUUGCACAGAAAUCACAACUUGAUAGACAUCAGAGAAGUCACACAGGUGAGAAGCCAUUUCCAUGCCCUGAGUGUGGGAAAUGGUUUGCACGGAAAUCAGAAAUUGUUGCACAUCAGAGAAGUCACACAGGUGACAAGCCGUUUUCUUGUUCUGAGUGCAGGAAAUGUUUUGCCUGGAAAUCACAACUUGUUACACAUCAGCGAACUCACACAGGUGAGAAGCCAUUUUCAUGUUCUGAGUGUGGGAAAUGUUUUACACGGAAAUCAUAUCUUGUUACAUAUCAGCAAAGUUACACAGGUGAGAAGCCAUUUCCAUGUUCUGUGUGUGGGAAAUGGUUUGCACGGAAAUCACAGCUUGUUAUACAUCAGAAAAGUCACACAGGUGAGAAGCCAUUUUCUUGCUCUGAGUGCAGGAAAUGUUUUUCCUGGAAAUCACAACUUGUUACACAUCAGCGAACUCACACAGGUGAGAAGCCAUUUCCAUGUUCUGAGUGUGGGAAAUGUUUUGCACAGAAAUCUGAUCUUGUUCAACAUCAGAGAAGUCACACAGGUGAGAGGCCAUUUCCAUGUUCUGAGUGUGGGAAAUGGUUUACACGGAAAUCACAACUUGUUACACAUCAGCGAACUCACACAGGUGAGAAGCCAUUUCCAUGUUCUGAGUGUGGAAAAUGUUUUACACGGAAAUCACGACUUGUUACACAUCAGCAAAGUCACACAGGUGGAAAACCAUUUCCAUGUUCUGAGUGUGAGAAAUGUUUUGUACACAAAUCAGAUCUUGUUAAACAUCAGAGAAGUCACACAGGUGAGAAUCCAUUUCCAUGUUCUGAGUGUGAGAAAUGUUUUGCACGCAAGUCACAUCUUGUUAUACAUCAGAGAAGUCACACAGGGGAGAAUCCAUUUUCUUGCUCCGAGUGUGGGAAAUAUUUUACACGAAAAUCAGAUCUUAUUACACAUCAGCGACGUCACACAGGUGAGAAGCCCUUUCCAUGUUCUGAGUGUGAGAAAUGUUUUGCAGACAAAACAGGUCUUGUUAUACAUCUUAGAGGUCACACAGGUGAGAAGCCAUUUUCUUGCUCUGAGUGUGGGAAAUGUUUUUCACAGAAAUCACACCUUGUUAGACAUCAGGGACGCCACACAGGUGAGAGGCCAUAUUCAUACUUUGAGAAAUAAACCAGCUCUUGUUGCACACAAUAAACAUCACUCAGGUAAAGAACCAUUUUAAUAUUCUGGAGUA